UAAGAAACAAAGUGGUGAAGACUAGAGAGAGAUGAGAGGCACAAUACCAAACUCUUACACUUUCUUCUUCUUGUUCGUUGUCUUAGCUCUGUUUUCUCAUGUGCUCUCGAUCAAUACUUUGUCAUCUACAGAAACUCUGACAAUCUCAAGCAACCGAACCAUUGUGUCUCCUGGUGAUGUCUUCGAGCUUGGUUUCUUUAAGACCACAACAACAAGAUCUCGAAAUGGUGAUCGUUGGUAUCUUGGGAUUUGGUACAAGUCAACCUCUACUAGAGCUUAUGUAUGGGUUGCCAACAGAAACAAUCCUCUUUCCAAAUCCACUGGAACAUUAAAGAUCUCUUACGAUAACCUCGUCCUCCUUGAUCAUUCCGAUGCUCCUGUCUGGUCAACGAAUCUGACGAGAACGGUGAGAUCUCCAGUGGUGGCAGAGCUUCUCGCUAACGGCAACUUCGUGCUUAGAGACUCCCAAAGCAAAUAUCAAAAUCGUUUCUUGUGGCAAAGCUUUGAUUUCCCGGUGAAUACUCUGCUCCCGGAGAUGAAAAUUGGUCGGAAUCUCAAAACAGGACACGAGAGUUUCCUCAGUUCUUGGAAAAGCCUUUAUGAUCCCUCAAGCGAUGGCUUCACGUUCAAACUAGAAACUAAAGGGCUACCUGAGUUAUUUCUUUACAAGAAAGAGUUUCUAUUGUACCGAUCCGGUCCGUGGAAUGGAGUCGGGUUUAGUGGUAUACCAACCAUGCAAAAUUGGAGCUACUUUGACGUUGUUACCAACUUCAUAGAGAACAGAGAGGAAGUUGCUUACAGUUUCAAAGUCACCAACCAAAGCCUCCACUCGAGAGUUAGACUAACUUCCGAAGGGAUACUACAGAUGCUCAGAUGGGAUUCGACAUCAUUGGAAUGGAAUUUGAUAUGGAUUUUACCUAACGACGAAUGCGAUCUGUACCAAAUCUGUGGUCCGUACAGUUAUUGUGACAUGAAUAGGUCACCGAAGUGUAACUGUAUCAGAGGAUUCGUUCCAAAGAAUAUGACGGCUUGGGCUUUGGGAGAUACGUCCAGUGGAUGUGUGAGGAAGUCACGAUUGAACUGCCACGGAGAUGGUUUUCUUAUGAUGAAGAUGAUGAAGCUGCCGGAUACAAGCACAGCAAUCGUGGACAAGAGAAUUGGGUUGAAUGAAUGUGAGGAGAAGUGUUUAAAGGAUUGUAAUUGUACCGGGUUCGCCAAUAAGGAUAUCCGCAAUGGUGGGUCAGGUUGUGUGAUUUGGAAGAGAGCUCAGGGAUAUGAGGAAUUAUGUCGCCGGAGGUCAAGAUCUUUAUGUCAGAAUAAUUAAGCCUCUAUAAUUAAACAUGAUAUCCAUAUCAAUAUCCACUAAAAAUAUUUAAGAAUAAUAAUACAGAUUUGGGUGAGGGUAUUAUUUUGGAAUCCAACUUCGAAAAGUCCAUAUAUGAUUUUAAAUUUCUUAUCGGAUUAGAUUGAUAAAUUA